CACCUGUAAAGAUUACAGCCUUGGAAUCCCUAUGGGACAGCUCUACUCUGGCCUUAUGAGUCAGAAUCUACUUGACCGCAAUGAUUUUUUUUUGGAUGGUUUGCUAGGUAGGGUUUUUAUUAUAUCACACAUCAGCGUGUGUAAAAGUUUCUCCGAUUGGAACAGGUUCAUUAAAUUCUAUUAAAUACUUAAAAUAUGUAAGUCAUGAAAAGUGGGAUGACUUUCCAUAGGAAAUAUUUUUCAGGCGCUGAGGAAUCAGCGUGCCUCAGAGCUUUACAACGCUUGCAAUAUAGCAUUUUGCCGUUUCCAGAAUGCACUCACAUACAUUGUCAGUUGAUCCUUCACACAGAACUCCCAUGUGAUUCUUGCUAUUCUCAGGUUUGUCCAUGAACUAAAAUUAGAACUGGGCUGACAUUACAUUUCGCUUGGUUUCAGUCUGACUGAGGAUUUUAAUCACUCAGAGCCACACGGACAAGAAUUCCCCCUGUAAUCCACUCUUAGCUAACAAUCACUCACUUUGGGAAUGUCAGAUUCUACAUCUACCGGCAGUGGUUCUUUCUGAGAUGGCAUCUCUGAUUCAGCUAUUCAGAACUUAAUGAAGCUGGUGACUCUUUGGCAAUGUGGAGAAAUCAUGACAGAACAUGUGGUUCGUACUGGGGCUGUCAAUGCUGUAAAGGAAGUCUGGGAAAAAAGAAUAAAGAAACAAAAUGAAGAUCUGAAGCGAGAAAAAGAAUUUCAACAGAAGCUAGUGAGGAUCUGGGAAGAGAGAGUUAGCUUAACUAAGCUAAGAGAAAAGGUCACCAUGGAAGAUGGAAGAGCUAUUUUGAAGAUAGAAAAGGAAGAAUGGAAGACCCUCCCUUCUUCGCUGCUGAAACUGAAUCAGCUACAGGAAUGGCAACUUCAUAGAACCGGUUUGUUGAAAAUUCCGGAAUUCAUUGGAAGAUUCCAGAACCUGAUCGUGUUAGAUUUAUCGCGAAAUACAAUUUCAGAGAUACCUCGAGGAAUUGGACUGCUCAUUAGACUUCAGGAAUUGAUUCUUAGCUACAACAGGAUCAAGACUGUCCCCAAGGAACUAAGUAACUGUGCCAGCUUGGAGAAACUAGAACUUGCUGUUAACAGAGAGAUCUGUGACCUUCCACAAGAGCUCAGCAAGUUGUUAAAUCUUACUCACCUUGAUUUGAGUAUGAACCAUUUUUCUACCAUCCCUCCUGCUGUAUUGGAUAUGCCUGCCCUUGAAUGGCUUGACAUGGGAAGCAACAGACUAGGACAACUUCCUGAUACUAUAGAAAGAAUGCAGAGUCUACAUACUCUAUGGCUACAACGGAACGAAAUAACAUGCUUGCCAGAAACAAUCGGCACUAUGAAAAAUCUGGCUACGCUUGUUCUCAGCAACAAUAAACUGCAGGAUAUUCCAGAAUGCAUGGAGGAAAUGACAAAUCUGAGGUUUGUCAACUUCAGAGACAACCCACUGAAACUGGCAGUAACACUUCCUCCCAGUGAAGGCAUAGAUGAAGAAGAACGAGAACUAUUUGGCCUUCAGUUUAUGCACGCAUACAUACAGGAGUCACGGAGAAGAGCAGAUAACCAAGUCAACCGUUGACAACUUUGCUGGUCUCUAAAAAUACUGACGGACAGUACAAUGCAAGACGCCCUGCUGAAGAGGACUACUUUGGGAAAUUGGUGAAUUCUC